CUCUCUGCGCAUGCAGUUUGUGCCUCUCUAUCUCUAUACCAGUCUCUGCCACCAAACGUUGUUGCAUUUUUUAAUUUUGGUUUUGGCCCCUCUGGCUAUAUAAACUGUCAAUCAUGCAUCCUUGGCAGCAAAGCCAAAAACACAAGCCCGGACACGACGGGAGGCCCAACCAUCUGCAGCACCACCCUGCAUUCCUGGCCGUGUCUCUGUUUGUGCGAGCCUUCCCCUCUUGGCCUCUCGAUCGUCUCCCCUACAGGGAGAGGGAGGGCUACAACACAACACACAUGAAGGACCGCCGAGGCAGCUCCGGCGGCGUCGAGCGCUUCGCCGUCUUCCCCUUCUCCAUGGGCUGCAUGUCGCAGUCCGCCGUCUCCGUCGCCGACCCCAGCGAGAAGAAGCCGCAGGGCGACCCCUCCUCCUCCUCCUCGGCCACCGCCACGACCACGGCUCGGACAGCAGGUUCGUCAGAGGAUGGUGCCGGCGAGACCGUGAAGGAGAAGGCUGCCGUUGCCGCGGCGUCGCCGGGGCUCGUGGCGGCCGGGGUGUCCAGGCUGAUGAAGGGGAUCAAGAGCCUGUCCCUGAUGUUCGCCGGCGACGGCGGCGACGAGGAGGAGGAGGAGAGGGAGAUGGUGAUCGGGUACCCGACGGACGUGCAGCACGUGGGGCACAUCGGCUGGGACGGCCACAACAAGGUCGGCGCCAUGGGCAUGGUGAACGCCUUCUCCCUGCCCUCCUCCCUCUCCCUCCGCCAGCUCGAGAUGGCCAUGGACCAGGCGGCGCACGCGUCGGCCUGAUCAUCGGCUGCAACAACACACUUGAGAGCUCGUACUUCUCAGAAUCUCAGUGUCAGUGGUGGUGGUGGCGCUAGCAGUAAAAUCCAUUGAUUGGUUGGUUAGCAGCACGGAGAUACUGAUGAAUUGCAUCCAAAGAAAAUUCCCAUGUGUUGGUUACUACUUAUUACUGCUGCUGGUGCCGUAAAAAUCUCUGUCGAUCAUCUGGUACAUGCAUGCCUUUGGAUUUCUUUCUUCAUCUUUUGUCCUGGUGAGCGCAUGAGACGAGAAGCAUAUUUGUGUAUAUAUGCAUGCCAACUUGUAUAGAUUGUGAGAGUUGCCAUCAUAUCUCCAUCAACACUGCUGGAGUAUGUGUCAGUUUGUGCCUGCUGUGACCUCUCUCUGUUUUCCAUUUUCUUUGUUUUUUCUUCAUUUUCUCAAAAAAGAAAGAAAGAAGAAUUGUUCAUGGCUA